AUGCGUCAGCUACCUAGUUAUGAGGACAAGUCAUUGACUGAUCAUGUGUGUCUACUCCAGAAAUCUUUGUACGGUCUUAAACAGGCACCGUGUGCCUGGUUCACACGGUUGCAUGAUUUUCUUGUCUCUGUGGGCUUCUCGCCUUCAAAGACGGAUGUGUCUCUUUUCAUUUAUUUACGUGACAACAUUUGUCUUUAUUUCUUGGUAUAUGUGGAUCGUGUUACUGCUCUUAUUGAUAAAUUAGCACUUGAGUUUAAGGUUCGUGAUAUGGGUGUGCCUUCUUUCUUUUUGAGUAUUGAAACUGUCCCGUUAUCUGGUGGUAUGCUCUUGUCACAACAGCGAUACAUGAAGGAUAUUCUCAAACGUGCUGGUAUGGUGGAGUGUAAGCCAGUAACCACGCCGGUAUCAUCUGCGAAAGCUACCGCCGAUCCUGUAGUCCCAUAUGCCGAUCCCACACAAUACAGAAGUCUUGUAGGUACUCUUCAAUAUCUUACGGUAACUCGACCUAAUUUAUCUUAUGAUGUUUAUCUUCUGUGUCAGCACAUGCAUGCUCCCACCACUGCGGACUGGGCUUCUCUAAAACGAGUUCUGAGGUAUGUCAAGAGCACUCUGAAUCUCAGCCUUCGCAUUUCUCGGUCUUCCUCUGUUGAUAUCCAUGCUUAUUCUGAUUCGGAUUGGGAUGACGAUCCGGAUGAUCGCAAGUCUACUAGUGGCUUCGCUGUAUUUUUGGGCAACAAUCUUAUAUUUUGGGUGUGUCGAAAGCAAUGA